UUUCUUUCUUCUCUCUCUCUAUUACUCCCCCUUCUAAACACUUACAAACACAGAUACUCUCUUGUUCACUCUCUCUUUAACGGCUCCCCCUUUCCUCCCUAUCAUGUCCACUCCUCUGGAAGGGCCCAAUCCCCUCCGCCCCUAUUACUUCCCCCCCUCAUUGGGGCUGGACACCGGCCAUGCUGCCUCCCCUCCAGAUGCGUCAUCGUCGGCCACGCAAGUCUUUGGCGGUUCGGCACGCGAUCUGCUGCCCGAUCUCGACUACUCCGACUACCUUGAAAGCUCUCCCUCGGUCUCCAGCUGGAUCCGCGACGCUCUUGACCAGGCCCUCUGGCGCUACACCAGUGUCUUGACCGCUCAGCCUUUCGAUGUUGCCAAAACCAUCCUGCAGGCCUACGUCGCGCCCGGCGAUGCGACAGACGGCCAAUGGGCCAUGCAUGACCACCGAUCUUCGGGUCCCGGAAGCCAUAUCGAUUCUUACGACGAAGACGAUUCAUUGUCGUCGGAUGACGAAAGCAAUUACUUCACUUCCGCAGCACCUCGAGCUCCCUCUCCCUCAACAUCGCGAUCUCGCAAGCCUCACCGCCGCCAUAUCACCGAUCGAAGUGGUUACAUUUCCUCGACAACCCCAUCCCGACAUGCUCUCAAUAUCAAGAACCCGAGUUCGCUCAUGGACGUGCUUUCCCAACUCUGGUCCACCAGUGGCCCGACCUCGCCCUGGAAGGCGACCAAUGCUACCUUCAUCUACUCCCUUCUCCUACCCACCUUGAAUACAUUUAUCCGCAGUUUGCUCUCCGCCAUCGUCGGCUUGCCGGAGGAAGAUGUUACCUCAUCGAUGACAGCCGACAUUCUGACGUCAACUUCACCCGUAGCGACCUUACUCCUGUCGUUCAUCUCCUCGUCGCUGUCGGCAAUGCUCCUUUCUCCAAUCGAUACCGCACGCACUUUCCUCAUCCUGACCCCCGCCACACACGGCCCGCGCUCUCUGCUGCGAGCUAUCCGCCAAAUCCCGACUCCCAACUGCACCAUCCCGUCCCACCUGGUGCCCAUCACGGUCCUUCACUCUAGCCUGCCCAACUUCAUCACCAACACGACCCCGCUGAUUCUCAAAUCCUAUCUUUCCCUCGACCCUGUGCUCAAUCCCUCCGUUUGGAGCCUUUUCACGUUCCUGAGCUCGGGGCUAGAAUUGGCUGUCCGGUUUCCGCUUGAGACUGUGCUGCGCCGCGCCCAGAUCGCAACAUUCACUUCCCCUAGCAUCCGUCAGCAAUCAGGAAGCUCAGCACGGGCCGAACCUCCCGCAAGCGAAGACCUUACCCCUCAGGUCGAGACCAUCGUACCAACUCCCCAGACCUACAGGGGUAUCGUGGGCACCAUGUGGGGAAUCGUCUAUGAGGAGGGAGUCCAAGCCACACCGGAGGGCGAACGCGCGCGCCAACUGCUGAAGAAGCCCGUCACCCACCGCAAACGCCAGGGCCAGGGAAUCCAAGGGUUGUACCGGGGCUGGCGCAUCGGCAUGUGGGGGAUUGCCGGUAUCUGGGGUGCCAACCUUCUGGGCACGGUUGGCGGGACGGGCGACGACGACACCAGGAUCAGCGGAGGUCGAUUCUAAACCUCAUCUUGACGAGCGUUCUAUUGGGUGAAGCAAAAGAAGUUAACGAACCUCACUUCAUCGUUCGCGUACUGCGGCGAUCUGUAAAACACCUUAGCGAUAUCAUUUUCUCUUCUCCUUGCAUACCAUCUUUUACCCCGACUUCUCUCAUCUCAACUUCUUAUCUUCUUCCCAUUCUAGUGGAAUGAUGUCUCGUGUAUCUUUAUAAUAUGAACCCCGUCUAACGCUGCUACGGAGUGUAUUUCUAUUCUCCAUCCCUUGUUUUCCGGACUGGAUAUUCACUUACUACCUCUUUACAAUAUCCUCUGUCUACGCCGUAGCAGAUUGUACUGGAGGAAAGGACAGCCUUUGGAGUAUUGGUGUUGGUUGGGUCCAAUGGGGUCGAUGGCUUGACCUGGUGCCGAUCUAGCGACGCAUCCAAUUAUGAACCGACCGCGCACGGAACCAAGCCCACCCGUGACCGAGUAAUGAAAAAGAGCUGGC